UCGCAUUUCGCCAAUGUUCCAAUUGUUCUAGACCAUCUCCGAUCUCUUGGUUCCCGAAUCAGGACUUGCUCUGUUGUCGCUGUUGAGAGCCCUUUGGCGAUGCCGAGUUAUGGAUGACGAGGGGCAUUGAUUCUUCCGCUUAGUCAAUAUGACUUCUCUCCUUAGGCUGAAACUUAUAUGAUCAAGAUUGAUCAUGUGUGAAAAUGGCUGCCAAGAAAGCUCGAUAACUAACAAGAGGCCCAUUUUGAACCUCAACAUCGAGCUCCAGGACCCUGAAUUCAACCUCCCCACAAUAGCUGAACUAGCUAAGCUCUCUCUGAUCUGAUUCUCCCUGAAGAACUUCUCUGCCUAUAAGCAUUAUUCUCUUAGUAAAUACGAUUAAUACUUUUAACGUCACCGUAUUCUUGUCUAGGCAAUUCCGUUAUUCAUCGACGGCUUCCUCCGUCUACUUGUUCCGCCAUCACAUGUCAUUCCCUUAACAGUCAGUGCAUAAGCUUACCGUCUCAUGCUUUCGUAUAGCUCCCCUGCUCGUGAUAGCUUCUCGUCCCCAAACAUGCUGAGAGAAACCGUUGGAGUCUAGGGCUUAUCCUACUCAUUCAAGCUCAAGCGUUUUGAGCCAAAGUAUUACCAAUGUUACUCGGGUCGAUCAAUGGCUGAGAAACGCCCUAAACUUCAGCCCUUUCAGGCGGUAACGUUUCUGACGAGAGAUACAAGAAAGCCACAAGGGGCCCCUGACAUACUAGGGACGGUUAGAGAGAAAUGGAGUUUUUGCUUUGCUCUACGUAAAGAGGCAAUUGGACAGACGACUCUCGAAGCAGCGGGGAAGCUGCUUUUUCUGACGUUGAUGCUACGUUUUUGCUUUCUUCUCCUCUUUUUCUGUUUAUUCUUCCCUUUACUAUCUUCUUUAACCUUCUUCUCUUCUUUCUCCAAACUUCAAGCUGACCUUUUCUUCAUCAAUACCAAAUACUCACACACCCAUCAUGACUUCUAACUCCAUCUCUCAACUCCCCACCCCAGAGCAACGGGAAGACAUCACCGCUAGCUUGGCAGACCUCAUCACAGCCAUUGAGUCUCAUUCUCAAUGGACUCCCCCCAAUGUUGACCGUGGCCUCUUCCACGUCUGGGACUUUGUCAAGAGAUCUCAUUAUAUCAUGACCGAGCUGGACAACAUUGCUGCUGGUCGAAAAGUUCAGCAUCCUGAACAGAUUCCCAAGAACGACGGUGUCGCUUCUGGCCCUGAAGCUGCCCUCGCUUCCUACACCGACGUUUGCACACGUACCAUCACAAUCAACGAGAUGAUUCAAAACCCUCGUAUGCUCGUCAUGCUCGGCCUCUCCAACGUCGACUUUGGUUCCGCUAUUCAAGAAAAAUCAGAAGCCGUUAAAGAGGCGAUCAAGAGCGCAAACUAGAUCUGCUCUGGACCUGAUACACGAAUGACGACGUUGUAGAGCUUGCGUCACGCGAUGAUCGUCGGCCGUUACAGGGUUUAUGAAUGAUGGAGUAAAGGGCGAACAUAUUUUGGUUUGACAUUGGGAAAUGAUUCAAGACUCGAAAAAGAAGAAAAGAGAACAAGAGCAUGCAAAAGUUCCAUGUGGUAUCCAGUUCUUUGCUGGACCAGCAGAGGUUCAACUCACUAGUACGAGAUGGCUAGUUCGGCGGAUUGGAGCUACGGCUAAGGUAUCUGAACGAUAAACAGAAACAACACACCGUGAGAGAUUCGUGAGUUUCCCUUGGGAAUUGAAACGUAGAAUGAAAUGACAUUAUCAUUCCUUAGUCAUUUGACCCUAGCCCAGCCUAUCCACCCAGGCUAUUCUAUUCAAAAGAACAGAAGAGCAAAAUAGUUGUCGUCAUAAACAGACCAUAUCGGUAAACUAAGCAUCAUAUCAUCCCUUAUGAUCUGCAAAAUGCCCUUAUCCAAUCUCGAUAACUAUACACAUGCCUCCCGUUCCCAUUGUCCAAUAAACCCGCCCAUAUAUAUACCUCCCCAUGAUUGUCGCCCAAACGAAAAGGAUAUCAUAGGCACAUCAUGCUACAGAAUGUGAAAAGACCAAUACAGCUGAUUGCACAUCAGUUCAGCUUCUCGCUCGUCAUCAUCUCACUCCAGCCCAGCGCCCCUUGGCUGUUGUCGAUGGCCCGAGGGUAAGUCGACGACCGAUGUUUCCAAAACAAACACAGCUGCAGAAAAGCACACUCAACAUCCACAUGCCCGUCUCGAGUGUCUUCUGCUGGGCGAGUCCACCGAGAAUGGGCAUAUCUCCAUCGGCUGCCAUUGUGGCAUUAACCAAAUGCCUGAACGGAACUUGAGUAGGCGCCGGCAUCAUAUCUGGGUUCACGCCGAGGAGCACAACCGACCCUGCGAGUCCAACCGCAGCUGAGAGCAGAAAACCGGGCUUGGAGCGGUCGAUAAGCCACCAUAGGAGGGGAUUGACAAGUGCCAAGGUCAGUGACACCUGAAGGGUGGACGCCCAGGCCACUUUGCGCUGCAGGAUGUUAGUUAUGCGGAACAAUGGCUUUGCCGUUGGCUGACUUACAAUCGCGAAGACAAUUCCGACAAAGGCACCGAUAGCCCGAACAGCAAGCGCCCAGUCAGUGCUUGGGUCGUCAUCUUUUGCUGAAGCACUGGUUUCUAACACAGCUUCAUCCCCCUUGUCGCCGAACGAAUUCUCCCAUACUCUAUCAAACCAAGGGAACAGCGCGCCCAGUGCAACGCCAGCAAGACCCCAAAACGUCAAAUGGCCCCAGUUAUACGUAGCACGAGGCGGAAGACUGUCCGACUCGUGGAAGCGCGAUGUGACUAAUACGCCAUAUCCCACGCCGAGAACGAAAAGCAAAAGUCCUCUUAAUACUAGAGCACCACCAGAUGGAGAAUGCUUUUGAGGCCCAGCAGGUUCAUGAACUCGAAUCGAGGACCGACGACGAAUAUGGUGUGAUCGAUCCUUCAGAAAAUCAAACGUAGCGUCGUCGAUGCUAGGUCUCUUGAUGGGUGUCUGAGCGCCUGUUCCCCAAGGUGUAUCGAGUUCAUCGCGAUCGGCAAAGACACGGUCGCGCGAAGAGGACGUUGUGGGAGAGUAGAUUCCGAAGAGCGUCGAGGAGGUCAAAUUCAUGAAUGAUUGAGGCCUGCUAAGACCUGCGCUCGCAGGCUCGGGAGUUGGUUGUAGGAAGCGCGCAAUAUUGGGAUCUGGAGCUGGCGCGGGAGUUGGAGGAGACGAGUUCUCGCUUGGUGGUGUAGGAGUCGUCAAACUGAGAUCGAAGGGUCUUCGAGGGACGGGACGAAUGAGAGGGGGACCAUCAUCGGCCAUUUUGAAGCCAAGGUUCUGUAUAACUGACUGUUUUGGUUGUUAGGUAUGAAGACAAUGGUGAGGGACAGCAAUGGCUUAUGAACCCGGCUCGGGUUCAGCUGAACUGAGCUGAAACCUGCAAGUCUCAAUAUUCGGACAAUGCAGUGCUACUAAACUUACAGUCUCGGCCAGUCUCAGCUUAGUAUCCUAAGCAAAUAUUGGUGUAGCUUCCGAGGGUCUGUCUGUCCCGGAUAAAAUAAUUUGAAGCUGUUGGGGUCCAGUCUCUGCAACCCUGUCCACCACUUUCACAGCGCGAGCUAACGAGCACAGGGCCCAAAGCUAGUUGGACCGGGAUAUCCGAAGCAAGUCAAGCAAUUGAGGAUAAACGGCAAUUGCUGAGAGGAAUUGAAGAGCUUCAAAUAUCUUGUUGUUGAAGCAAGUAUAACGAGGUUGGGAUUGAGUGGCAAAGAGUAAGACAGGAAUGAGGAGAUGGGUAAGAGGAAACAGAAGGAGGACAGUUUAAUACCCAACCCUGAAACCCAAAAUAGAGAGAGUACCUGAGUAAGAGAGUAGUAGUGAGAGAGUGAGAGAGGAAAAAUAAGAGAGACGGCACGUAGUUAGCCUCAACUGAAAAGGGAAACGAAGGAGCUGAACGAGGUUGUUCGUUCUUCACAUGCUCACAAGACCAAGGGACGGGCAGUUUCACGACUAAAGGGCCCCAGGAAUUACGUAGAUGUGCCCCAUUUACCUGCAUCAGCAGCUGUUGAGGGCCCUGAACCCCUGUAUCUUUUAGGUGGGUGAGUCCCCGCGGGGCUCUGUAAAGAUGUCACUGAUGAUGGUGGUGGAGAGUCAUUAGUGAUGAACUUGAUA